CAAUGCAUUACACCCUUGGCGCCCAUUUAUCCCUCAUACAUGUGAUAUUGUGACGUGAAGUGGUCUAAGUAUCGUCCGACCCCUCACAAUUAUCUUUGAUUGGUAAAUAAUAUCUUGUUAAUUAGGUGACCAGAGAAAGAAUAAACCAAUCGGGGCAGAGCGCAUGAAUGCCUCGGGCUAGGCCUCAACUUGCUUGCUUAGUUACAAUUAAUUUUCAGACUGUACAGCAUCGCACACAUCGCGUUUAAAACGCCAUUGAGUAGUCCCUCGCGACAAAUAUUGGCGCCCUCGUUGAACUGAAUUAUUCGUGGUUUGACAUUCCGACGUUUGAAUGUCCCUGGUAAAGAGACCUUGUUGAGAAGUCAAGGAUAGUCAAGAAUAAGGUCUUAGUUGUGUCGCCUGACAACAGCGCGCGCGAUAUCGCUCACCUUGAAUGAAUCAACCAUUAGCAUAGCAUUGUAGGUAAAUACUCGGUUUUCUUAGCGCUAAAGCAACCGUAGAAUUAUUGUGUUGACAUUAUAGCUUAAUUCUGCGUCCAGCUGUGAGCGAGAAAAAAAUCAUCAGUGGUGAAUAGCAUUCCACAGAGUAGAUUCUCCAGUCAAUCACGGCGUCAAAGUGUCAUAUUACUAUGAAGCUCUCUAAAUAUAGCACGCUAUACUAGACUAAGAACUAGUGAUUGGACGGCCGGCCUCAGGUUCACUGUUUUAUUUCUCUACUUAGGAAGGUUUCUGCACCGAUGCCCACGGACUUGUGAGUUCAUCCACUUGUGCGACGAAGGGCAAUAUUAUAAAACGGCUCGCUGCGAGUCUUUCAUAGCAGUCAAGGCUUCGUAACACAGCUCAUGUUCCGGAAUUCGAACGCUGCGCUGGUGAAGACAGAUUUGGAGUUGAGUUCCGAUCAACAUCACAAGAGGUCAUGGGCAGCUAAGCGAGUUUAAAUGCGAUUCGGGAUUGAUUGCAAGGCUCAAGGGAAUUCCGCUAUAUCAUGUCGUCCAUUCACAUUUCUCAGUUUGACACUAAGGCUGUUGGGUAUAACACAAGAAGUACAAAGCAAGCGCGCUCCAAAACAGAGACGAGACUCGAGGUUCGCGAAACUAGAGUGCAGACAACCGCAGGAAUAGAUAUUCAACCGAGCGAUUCUCGCUCCAGUACACAAACAACAACCCAUGGCAAAUCAAUUCACAAAGGCUUAAAGAUCUCGAAACCGCGAAGCCAUGUUGCUAGUUCGUGGUGUAGUGAAGAGCCCUCUAAUAAUAACAUAACAACCGAACACGUUUCCACCGCCAUCCACUAUAUUGGAGGUCCUAAAAAUAUCAAACCCUCGCAGAAAAAUGUUGUCUCUUGUAAUACGCAGGCAAAAAGCGUGCGACCCUGGUGUAGAAGCUCGUUAAUGAUGGAGAGCGAGCGAGGUACUCUCGCCGGCUCGAACCACAUACCGGGGAUACCUAAACUAGCAGCAAACGAACAAUCGACUCAGCGAGUCGAACGUACCAUCUAUAACACAACCCCUGUAGCUAGUAUAACAAGCUUUCAGCAGAAUUUCACUAAGGCGUCGAGCUCGGCAAAGAACGUGCGAAGCGUAGUGACAGAUUUCAAAAGCACCUCGAGUAAGCCGAGUUCGGAAGAGACAACGGGUAAACAGACAGACGAAUUGCGUGUCAUAGGGCAAUCGGGAUUGAACCCGUGGAAUGUGAGCCCUGCUAGUGCGACUGCGGACUGCUUUCCCAGUAAAGCGGAUCGCUCCAAUCCUUAUGGCAAACUGAGAAGCAGAAAUGAGAAGCAGCGGAGUGAUUUCCACCAAGUCGGUGUUGAUCAAUCGCAAAUGGACGGCCUAGUAGGGCGAAGCGCUCGCAGCCGAGCUCAGCAGAGCGAAAACACGAACACAGAUGUUGGUGAAUCGAGCGCUGCACUCUACGACUACGAAUCUCAGGAGCAGUGCACUCGACACACGAAUUACAAGCAUUACUCCUCGACUUGCCGUUCUGGGCCGCCAAGCACAUAUACGGAAUCGGCAAGCGAUGGAUUCAGCAGCUCGCAAAGUGACGCUAGUAUGUCUUCGUCGGCGGAUCUCUCACGGACUAAUACGAGUUCCUCGAAGCGCAGAAAACGCGUAAAACGCAAAGUCUCGGGGAAAUCGAUCGGAGCGAGGGAGAGAGAUGACAACACAAGCGAGGGAGAGUCGGAUACCCUGCGUCGACAUGAUCGGCGCUUUCGGAAACGGGAUGACGAAGGAAUUCAAGCAUUAGCCGCGAAAUCCAGUGAGCAAUCAGCGAAAGGGCAAACGUAUGUAUUGGGGAGUACGACUACCGGAGCAAAAGCUGGCAGCCAAUUCAGGUCAAGUAGUUUAACUUCUGUCAGUUCUACUGAAGGCAAUAAAGGUAGUUCGCGGACGCAAUCGCCUUCUCUUACUCCAAGAGGGGCUACCUUGGCAAAGAAAAUUCAAAUCCAGUCGUUUUCGGCGGUUUAUACGAGUUUUAAUAAGGACAACAAAGAGAACCAGCCACGGAGGCGAGCCUCGACUGAGGAGAGAACUCGUGACAGAAUCAUGGAAAGAUCAAUCAAUUCAGAUAACACAGGGUCAGGGGCUAGUCUGGAUAAGGAACAUGGGUCUGAGCGAGGGAGCUCCGUACCCAGCAAGGGCAGGCCGUUCACUCUCAGGAAUAAGAGGUUCCGAAUGAAGAGGAGUUCGUCUAAGGAUACCUCUAGUCCUUACACAAGUGAUGCAGACAGCACCGCGAGUACCCCUCAGUACCGGUGUGCUGAGGACAGAUACUCCUCAGACCAGGACAUCACGCACUUUACAGACCAGCAAGCAAGUAGAACGUCUAUAUCCCCCAUCCCUACCAUCCCCCCGGCAACCAACAUCUCUAGUUCAUCUGCCGACAGUUCCUUCCAGACUCAUGCAGUAGGUAGUCUCGAGGACGAGGUGUUCUCAACCAGGACGUAUGGUAUGGGGAGGGAGGCUAUGGAGAGUAGUUUUAUGAAAGGAGAGGAGGGUUUGGGUGGUCGGGAUACUGGGCAUGCUACCCUUGGUGAACCCACCCCAACAGUUGUAAUACCAGGGUCUGCAUCGGAGCAAAGUGAUGACGAUGAUGUUUGGGUUUCGCAAAGCUACCCACCUCGAAGGGCCUACCCAGAACCGCCACAGUCUCUCACAUCACCAUACAGCUUUAACAGACCUUUGUCGAUCGUGAACGAGCAGGAAGAAAUGGAAAAUACUCUAUAUAGCAACAGUGAGGGUGGUGAGACCUCCAAUAAACGCAACGGCUUUCAGGCAAGGAAGACCUCAAAAGAGGGGAGAAAGGACACGGGCGCUGAGGUGUCCCCCCUGAGGCGAGCAUCAUAUGUGAGGGCACAACAAAAUGUUGGAGAUUUUGCACUGUUCCGUUCUUUUGAUGAUGAUUCACAAUAUGAACCUAUCAUGAUGCCAGAUUUGGAUUCAGAUAAUCAUUCUCACAAAUCAAAGUCUAGUUCCAAACAUUCAAAAAAGAACAGGAAGUCUAAAGAAGGUUCUCUUGAUAAUUUUAUAUCUCCUAAAGAAAUUGUAAAGUCAUAUAGCAAUUCUGACCAGGAAAAUAGUUUGGAAUUACUUGAGGAGCAGGAGGGGGACUUGAUAUCCUUCGAUGAUGGCAAUGGUGAUAGUCCUUGCGAAUCUAAAGGGGUUGACGGUUCUGGGGAACCAGUGAAAAAAAGAAAGAAGAAGAUAUCUAGACCCAAAAUCCCAACAAUAUUCUAUGCUGAUGAAACUAAAUCAACCGAGGAAGAGGAGGAGGGCAAUGAUGACAUUGAUGAUGAUGAUGUGAGUGAAGGGAUGGUUGUGCAGAAAGCAAGGGAGGAAACAAUGGGACAGGAUUCCAUGGAUGAGAAAUGCAUAGGAGGGUCUACAGAAGAGGAUUUGGACAUGAUUGAGAAUUCUUCCAAGAGAAACACUCUUGUUGCAAUUGAAAGUGAUGAUGAGAGUAGUACUCCGAAAAUUGGCUGUUCUCCAGUCCCUGAUGUAACAGAUGAAGAACGGAUGACACUCAUUGCUGAUGAAGGCUUGACAAAGAGCAGAAGUGCAAGGCUUUCUCCCUAUCCUACUCCCCCACAAAUCACAACUGACUUAUAUAUUGAAGAUAAUGAUGAGGACGAUUCAAGUUUGAAAAAAGUUGAAACUAUUUAUGAUCUGUGUGAGGAAGAGAAAGAUGGAAUUUCAUACAUUGACGAUGAGCAUGGCUUGUACCAGGAUGUGAAAAGUGUAGAAAGUUACGGAACCCAAAGCGACACCAUUGAGUCACCAGAGCCUAAACAUGUACAUGAUAAGUACUCAUUAUCUACAAGUGGGUUUAGUGAGGCCAUAGGAGAAUUAUCAGAUAGUGAAGAGAUACCGACAGAUAACAAUCUAUUGAUUGGAAAUGGUAAGAGUAGCAGUGAUGACGGAUGGCGUUCUCAAAGUGACCCAAGUGGGGGUGGAAGGACUAAUGGUGCAGGUGCCCCAUUGUGUGAAACCAUUGCCGAAGCAGCAGAGUUAAACAAUUACAGGAACAGUAAUAGUGCACCAAACCUGAUAACUGAAAAGGUGAUGAAAGAGUCUGCCCAAUUAGCAAAAAGAGUAAGUAAAAAUCACCUAGACGUUAGGCCGACUGUGUCUAGGACUAAAUCGACUCCAUCCGCUUUUCUGAUGCCUUCUGUUGAGAGAAUGGAACUUGUGCGACGUAAGAGUGAGGGCAGCAUGGAUGAUUUCCAUAUUGAGGGAAGUAUGGACGAUGAUUUUGAAUCCUCUGAGGAGUAUGCAAAGAAUAUCAGGGCAGUUAAGUCAGCACCAACGACUCCAACUGCACCCAGAAAACAGAUUUAUCAAAACCAAUUUUCAGCUGAAAAAACUCAAAUGAAGCUUGCAAAGCUUGCAGCUAUGGAACCUAUUUAUGAAACACCUCCUACUGAAACUGUGAAGCCUAUUCCCUUACCGGAGCCUGUAAAGCUUGAACGAAAGAGUGGACUUAUUCCUGCUACAGACGAGACAAGGCCCCCAGUUACAGGCACAUCAACCAAGUCUAAAGCCAAGCAGAGCGAAAUCAAAAGACACGUGUUGCAGAACCUCCUAGACACAGAGCAGUCUUACGUCCAGAACUUACAGUACUUAGUCACGAACUAUCUGAAACCUCUUAAGAGACCAGAAAACGCGAACAUCGUGGAGCCAGCACAGGUUGAUGAGAUGUUCUACCAGAUUCCAGAUAUCUUACUCUGCCACGAGUUCUUUCUUGAUCAGCUACAGGCGCGCGUCAAUGACUGGCAUGACAAGCAGAAGAUUGGGGAUAUCAUAGUCGCAUCGUUCACCAAGUGCUUCCUGAUGGACGCGUACAGUGCUUUCAUCAAUCAUUUCCUGCAUGCCCGCGCUGCCGUCAGGGUAGCCACCAUGUCACGUCCAGGCUUUGCGCGGUUUAUCGAGCAAUGCUGUCGAGAUCACAGAGAGAAGCUUACUCUGCAAGACCUGAUGAUCAUGCCCGUACAGAGGAUCCCAAGAUAUGUGUUAAUCCUCAAGGAUAUGAUUAAGCACACGCCAACAGACCAUCCCGACCACGGCAGUCUGCAGCUCGCGAUGGGUGAGAUCAAGACCUUGGCCAACAGGAUGAACAUGCGAGAGAAGGAGGUGAACAAAGCUGAGAAGGACGCGGAGGACCUAAGGGCCAUCGAGGCCUCUAUAGAGGGCAUUUCCGACCUUGUAAUACCAGGCCGUUAUUUCAAGCGAAAAGACCUCGCCGCAGAAGUGCGAGGAUCCAUAACAAAGAAAGAUCGCAGCCUCUUCUUAUUCAAUGACUUAUUGGUUUGCGCCAUCGUCAAGAGAAAACCGAACGCACUUCGCAGGGGGUCUCUCAGCUUAUUCUCGGGUCAGUCUGGCGCGGGAGCGGAGUUCAACAAGCACAAGCUGCUGUGGAAAUUACCACUCGAAUAUAUCGAGCUCUUAAGAAGUUCCCCUGAAGUGCAGAGAAGAAACAGCCUAGAGAGAGAGCUUGAGCGACUUGAUAACGACAUGUCUUUGCUGAGUCAGAUCAGUGCACUCUCAGACACUUUGAACAUUAGUCACCAGAUGCUAGACUCUUCAAUCCGGGAACUUAUGAAUGACGUCAGCCGGCAAAUCGCUGAGAGACAGGUUCCGGUUCAACAGUCUCUCUCGGCCAAACUAGAGCUGCAGGCGCAGACAGAAGAAGGUCCUGAGACGUUUACAUUCCUCUUGCUUGAUGCGGAGAUCAAGAAUUCUUGGGAGUCAGACUUUAUGAACGCGAGGAAGGAGUUAGCACACGCUAAGGACACGUUCCCCCCGGAGUUUCAACAGCCAAUACCGAUCACGAAAACUCGUAGCGGAAUGCAGUUCACGUGCUCGUCACCAAGCCUUGUGCCGCACAUGUUGGACCGUGGAAACCACUGCGGGUCAGGUGACGUGUGGGUGUGUAACAGCGAUGGAUAUGUCGGCCAAGUCUGCAUCUUAUCUAUGGGCGAGAAUAUCCAGCCAAUCGCUUCGUUGUCCGUGUGUUCUUCACGAAUCCUGUGCAUCUCACCGGUGCCUGGGGCGAGACUGAUCGGACUAGAGACUAUUCACCCGGACGCGGACAGCAAAUCGGACACUAGGUCACUUGGCGAGUCGUCCUCGUACAAGGUGCCGAGCACGAAGAGUACGGAUUACGAGGACGAAGAUGACGUUCGCAGCGCGCAGACCAUCAUAGCAUUUGAUAGCAGCUCAGAGGACGAAGAUGGGCUUGGCAACGAUAGCUUCAUGGAAGGUAAAUUCGGCUCGGGAUCGCCGAUGUUCGACGGCCGACUCAGCCCCGAAGGAAGCAGCCUCGGGACCAUCGACGGAGAAAUGGAGAGCAGCGACGACGACGAGUCGGUUUCCGACGAGAAUGCUUCGAGCGAUGACGAUGAUAAGCGGAAGCAUGGUCGUAAGCACAUCGGUAAAAGUCGGAACCUCGACUCAGGGACUGUUCCAGUGCCGGGGGCGGAGGACAAGCUGAGCGACAUUGUUCCGUUUGAGGCUGAAGAGGGCUCGACCGUCUGGCUCGGCACAGAGGAUGGAAGUAUAUACGUCUACCCGGUACAGGACAUUCAGCAGAAAAAGAAAAUGCGAAUCCAACACAAUGCAGCUGUACACUGUAUAUUGUAUGUGGAUAACCAGGUAUUCGUCGCCCUUGGCAACGGUGAUCUUUGCGUCUAUCGGAGACAACCCGGCUGUCCGUGGGAGGUCUCCUCACCAAUAAUAGUGCCCGUGGGCUCAGGUGCACCCGUCACGUGUAUGACCGCUGUCCACGGCAGGCUCUGGUGCGGGUGUCAGUGUAACGCAAUCAUCGUCAACACCACCACGCUCAAAAUCGAGAGAACGUUCAACUGUAGUCUUGACAAGGAGCGUGCUGUUUAUCGAUUGGUGAGCUCUGGAAUGGGUGUCUGGCUCUCGUUACAGAGCAGCGCCACAGUACGACUUUUCCACGCUACGAAAUACGAGUGCCUUGCCGACGUCGAUGUUGGGCCUCCGGUCCACAAGAUGUUAGCAGGCUCUGACGCCAUCAUUCGCCAACACAAAGCAGCGUGUCUUCGUGUGACGUCACUCCUGACAUGCAGGGACUUACUCUGGAUAGGGACCAGUGCGGGCGUGGUCCUCACCCUGCCCCUCCCGACCAUAACAGUCACCACCUCCUCUUUGCGCAACAGCCCCAGCGCGUCUGCCUCGUAUCACGGCCACACGGGUCACGUGCGCUUCCUCACCGCCGUAGAGGUCCCUAAACCAGGGGACCAGGACACGACUCUAGAUAAGGAGAGAAAUAACUCCGUGACCUCCUCGAGUACCCCGGACCCUCCUCUUACGCCAGGAGAGCCCGGGGUCGUGAAUGGGCCAUCCAGGCACAUUUUGAUCAUAAGUGGUGGGGAUGGAUAUGAGGACUUUAAGACAAGUUCUACUAGUGAAUCCGCAGGGCGGGACGAUAGUACGAAUCAUCUUUUAGUAUGGCAAGUCUGAGGUUAGGACAAAUUGAAUUUAUUUAAAAUGCGCGGGGUUUGCUAAGCCACAAAUGGUGUGUUCUGUACUUCACUAAAGAAAAAUGCUCCCGCGUUUUUCGGUGGGCAGGACUGACUACCUCAAGGUCUUAGUAACAUUAAAGCCAUACGAAGCCUUUCAUAGGAAUUGAUUCUCAACCCAUAUGAAAGGAGAUAUCCAUCGAAGCUUCCGGGACUCCUCGAAUACGUUUUUUUUUUUUUUUCGCUGCAAUUGAGACUAGGAUAAUCAUAUAUCGCGGAUGAAAUAUCCUUAGUCUCUUUAACAAAAACAUACUAAAAGACAUGUGGGACACCAUUACCGUAAAUGCUAAACACAAAGCAAAUCAGGUGACAGACUUUGGAAACGUUUUUAAAACACGGCUCGUCUCGCAAAAGCAGACGGCUCUCUGCGGUUAUAUUAUCUUUAAGAAGAAAACUUUGUAUAGUUAUAAUAAUGUCAGUAGCGUAGAUUUAGGUGUAAGUUCUUUAAGAACCAUUCCGACUUCACUGUACAGUUUCAUCGAAAGUCGCAUAUAUAUAGUUUAUGUAUAUCACGCUUGCAAGGUGAUUAUCAAUUUAAUUUUAUAUACUUUGGUAGAGUAUUAUAGUAUUACACUUAACUAUACAAGCCAGGGAUAUCACCCAAUAAAAUACAAAGUAACAAGAA